AUGGCUACAAGUGCGGCCUGGAGAUCAGAGGUUGCGAGCGCAGCAUACUGUCACAUCCAUCCAGACCCCGAUAGCCUCUCCCAGGGGCGCGCUGAAGCGACCAAACUUGAAGCUGAGGCAUUUAAUAGUGCUUCCUCGAAGGCUGAGUACCAGGAUACGUGCGUGAAAUAUUUAGAUGAUCUCAAGAGCCAGCAGGCGGAAGAUGGAGAUCCUAAAAUAUCUGAAGUAGGUCGAGAUUAUGAUCUUGAUCCUCGGCCCGGAAAGCAGAUCGGGCCGUAUAAGAAGGCACUGCUUGAUAAUGAUGGGCUCUUUUCCACCAUCUACAAGUCUAGAGAUGCCGAAGGAACGCUCGUGGCUUUAAAGGUCACGGUUCCGCAUAUGAUGAAGCCGCCGCACGAUUCAGUGCGUGAAGCGAGAAUAAUACGUCGGAGUGAGAGCGUUAAUGUCAUUCCAUUGUUGGAUACUCUACAUGAACCAGGCCAGCGGUUUGUCCUUGUAUUUCCGUAUCUGUGCUACCAAUUGGACACAUUGAUGAGCCAGAAUGUACUCUCAUUACGCGAAAUGCAGUCCAUUCUACGCGAUCUGUUUCGUGCAUUGGACCACAUACACUCACUAGGCAUUAUACAUCGCGAUGUUAAACCAUCAAAUAUCUUACUUCGCUCCCCAACGGGGCCUGCGUAUCUGUCCGACUUCGGCAUUGCCUGGGACCCGGAAGACGCAGCAUCUGAACUUGCUGAUGAGAAAAUUAUUGACGUUGGGACAACUUGUUAUCGACCACCAGAGAUACUGUUUGGAGCAAAGGACUACGGCCCCAGCCUUGAUCUGUGGGCCGCUGGAUGUGUUGUUGCCGAAGCUAUUAACCUACCUACUCACCAGGCCUUGUUCGACUCUGGUGAUCUCGGCAGCGAACUGGCGUUAAUACAUUCCAUUUUCACGACCUUGGGAACACCCAACCUUGACUCUUGGCCGUCUGCGAAAGGAUUGCCUGAUUGGGGCAAAAUCGAAUUUAAACAGUAUCCAGCGAAGCCUUGGGAGGAUAUAUUGAGCCAGGCACCGCCCACCGGCCGAGACUUAGUACGGCAGCUAGUACUUUACGAGAGCAAGGAUCGAAUUUCCCCCAGCGAGGCAUUGAAACACCCAUUCUUGUGCUAG